UUUUUGGGGUGCGCAGUGCCCCCGAGGGUGCUUGUGGGGCAGCCUGAAGCUGUGAGCAGCGGGACAAGGCACGAGCAGGGAGAGUUCCCUCCACACACCUCCUGAUUUUAGCAGCUGGGGGUGACAACAUCACCCCCCACCCCAGGGGCUGGGGGCAAUGGCAUCGGUGGGGACCGCGGUGGCCCCAACGCGAGGACCGCUGCCAGGGUAUUUCCAUCUGAAACGUGCGUGGAAACCCUGUGAGAUUUAAUCCCCUCCUAAAACGAGACCAGGGCGGGGGCAGCUGGCGGGGAGCGGUGCCAGGGCAGGCGGUGCGCUGGGCGGGGAUGCCGGUGCCCGUGCCAGGCCCGGCGAGCGAUGGCGCCCGCCCCGGCGUGAGUCAGCCGGGGACACUGACGCAGCCCCGCCGUCACCAUGGAGGCCGCCCGUGCUCCCACCGCCUCCGGUCCUCCGGCUGCAGGCGGCUCCGGGGGGGAACACGCAGCCGCUGCCGCCGGUUCCCGGCUCGGUUCCCGGCUCGCCGUGCCGCUCCUCCGGUUUUCCGCAGGCCCGCACUGCCGGCCGCGGUGACGUGCGGCGGCCCGGUGGGGAGGAGCCUCGCCGCCUUCGCUCCCCGCCAUCAAACUUUCCUCUCUCCUUGGUGCCGGCGCCGCUUGCACAUGGCACCCCGCGGCUGACCCCUCCGUGGGCCCACCCUGGGCAGGUGACGCCAACGCCGACGCCGGGAGGAGCCGGGGACGCCGCACGCACCGGCACGGCCGGCGUGGCAGCGGUGCCCAUGUGCCCGCGGUGCCCCGGCGGUGAUGAAGCAGCGAUGACGGCCGCCAGCGGGACCCUCCAGCCCCGCAGACCUGAGCCGGGGUGGCAGCUGUCGGGGCCGCCUCUGCCGCUGGCCCUCACCGUGCUGGCCUGGCUGGGCACCGGCACUGCCUUGGCCGGCCUCAACAAAUGGAUUUUCGCCGCCCACGGCUUCCGCUACCCGCUGCUGCUGUCGUCCCUGCACAUGCUGGCGGCAGUGGCACUGGGGUACCCGCUGGGGUGGGCACGGGGCCCGCUGCCAUCCGUCCGUCCCCGGGCCAGGAUCUACCUGCUGAGCCUCACCUUCUGCGGCAGCGUGGCCCUGGGCAACCUGGGGCUGAGCCUGGUGCCGCUGGACGCGGCGCAAGCAGUGCACGCCACCGCCCCGCUCGCCACCCUGCUGCUGUCGGCGCUGCUGCGGGGCCGCCGGCACCACCCGCUGCAGUACGCGGCCAUGGGGCCCGUCUGCGCCGGGGCCGCCUGCAGCAUCGCCGGUGGCGUCCACUUCCACCAGCCCGGCGGCUGCGUCCUCCUCGCCGCCACCGUCCUGCGCGCCCUCAAGUCGCUGCAGCAGAGCCUGCUGCUGCAGGAGGACCGGCUGGACGCUGUCUCCCUGCUCUGCCUCACCGCCCUGCCCAGCUUCUGGCUCCUUUUUGGGGCGGCCGUGGCGCUGGAGGUGGCCCCGGCCUGGGAAGGCGUCCUGCGCUACGACGGCUCCCUCUGGGGCUGUGUCCUGCUCAGCUGCCUUGGCUCCGUCCUCUACAACCUGGCCAGCUUCUGCGUCCUCUCCCUCACCUCCGCCCUCACCAUCCACCUCCUGGGCAACCUCACCGUGGUGGGCAACCUCCUGCUCUCCCGCCUGCUCUUCGGCAGCCACCUGAGCGGGCUCAGCUACCUGGGCAUCGGGCUGACGCUGGCCGGGAUGUUCAUGUACCACCAGCCGCAGCUCGUCGCGCGGCGCUGGGCAGCGUGGCCGGGCCGUGCCCACCCCCGGAGCGAGUAGGGCUGCAGUGGCCAUGGGGACGGUGGCGAGCACUGGGCACAGCCCUGUGUGUGUGUGCAGGUGGGCAUGGCCCUGCGUGCACACGUAUGUGCUGGUGUGCGUGGCACGGUGCACGUGUGUGCGUGCUGUAUGCGUGGCUCCGUGUGCACAUCUAUUGGUGUGCAUGGUACUGGGCACGCAUACACCUGCUGCUGCUCAGAGCACUGUACGCACGUGUGUGUGCACAGCUCUGUGUGUGUACGUGUGUGCCGGUGUGCACAGGCCCUUUGUGCACGCGUGUGCUGGUGUGCACGGCUCUGCACGCACACAUUUCUGCCGGUGCGCACGGUCAUGUGCAGACCGAAGUGCUGGUGUGCAGAGCUCUGGGUGUGCACGUGUGCGCCGCAGUGCGCAGAGUCUGUGUGUGCAAGGGGGUGUCUGUGUGCGUGGGGAAAGUGCGUGCAGGUGUGCAAAGGCUCUGCAAGAGUGAGUGGAUCUCUGGCGUGUGUGCAGGGAGCACAUGAGUGUUGGUGCACAAAGGCUCUGUGUGUGCAAGCAGGUCUCACACAUGUAGGCGUGUGUGUGCCGGUGUGCACAGGCUCUGCACGUGUGAGUGGCUCUCUCUGCACGGCUCUGUGCAUGGGGCACGUGUGUGUCGGUGUGUACAGCCACGGGGGGCACAAGUGCACGUGCAGAGCCUUGUGCGUGUGUGUGUGUGCACAGCCUCCAUGUGCAAGCACCUCUCCGUGCACAGCAGAUGUGUGUGUGUGUGUGCACGUGUGUGUGCAUCACUACUGAGCUCUGCUGGGUGGAGUAAGCCCGGAGCACACGAGGGGCACGUGCACGCACUCCUCGUGCCCCCUGCACGAGGGACAGAGCGCGCCGGACCCUCGUGGUGCUGCGUGGCGGCGCGGUGCCGGUGUCCCCAGCGGGCGUUACGCUCCUCCAGGGCUCACCGACCUCUGACGGAGCAGUGGCAGAGCACGUGCAAAGCACGUGAGCGCCAGUCCAGCUGCGUGCACACCGGCCACGGCUGCACACCCGCGGGUGCUCUGCCAUAGGAGCGUGGCCUGGCUCUGGUGGCACUCGUCCUGAAAUAAAGCUCUAUUUUUGUUGUACUCCUA